AUGGCGCAAAUCAAACAGGAUAUGAACCGGAGUGGAUGGGAGACCACAGACAUGCCUUCAGUCUGCGAACGAUGCCUGCCCGACAACCCAUACGUACAGAUGCUGAAGGAGGACCACGGCGCCGAGUGCAAGCUAUGCACAAGACCCUUCACUAUCUUCCGGUGGAAAGCAGACCGGACCUCCCGACAAAAGCGCACAGGCAUAUGCUUGACGUGCGCGCGACUGAAGAACUGCUGUCAGUGUUGUAUGUUGGAUCUUAGCUUCGGAUUGCCGAUCACGAUUCGUGACGCUGCUUUGAAGAUGGUUGCGCCUGGCCCACAGAGUGGUAUCAAUCGAGAGUAUUUUGCGCAGAACAACGAGCGGGAGAUCGAGGAGGGCAGAGGACUCGAGGGCUAUGAGAAGACAGAUGAGAAGGCACGAGAGUUGCUGCGGCGGCUGGCGAGUAGUGAGCCGUACUACAAGAAGCAGAGACGGCUGGAAGCGGAAGAAGCAGAGGGCCGACAGAAAUUACUGGAAGGUGGUGAGAGCUCAGAAAGCGGACAUACACCAGGACCGAUACGGACAGCAGACUCGCGGAAGUCUGCUUACGGCUCUGCAUAUGGAACACGAGGGGGUGCAGCAACGAGCAGUAGAGGUGGCAGAGGUGGUGCGCGACAAGGCCGACCAUUCCCUUCUGCGGCUGCUUUGCCUCCACAACCUCAGGACAUCCUCCCGCCAGCCGACAAGAACAUCACUUCUCUCUUCAUCACUGGCGUGGAAGACGACAUGCCCGAACACGAACUUCGCACUCACUUCACGCAGUAUGGCGCACUACGCAGCGUAGUCUGUUCGCAUCGCUCCCAUUGCGCUUUCAUGAAUUAUAUGGAGCGAUCAGGUGCUGAGGCAGCGGCUGAGGCAUGUCAAGGUAGGGCCACUGUGAAAGGCGUGCCACUAAGAGUGCAGUGGGGCAAGCCAAAGCCGUUGGACAACAUGGACCGUGAUCAGAGGAUGGAGAAUGCUAGGGCUGCACGAGGGCAGGAGCAGAGGGGUAGGAGUGCUGCUGCUGCUGGGAAGAAUAAAGCUAUUGCGGCAGCGCCAGGUGAAGAAGGUGGCGAUGAUGAUCUUGAUGGUUUGGGAGCUGUGGCGCCUCCGCCUGGAGCUGGGGACAUUGAGUAUGCUGCUAUGGCUGGCGAAUAG